GUGAACCAACUUUGGUGUGCUUCAUUUGGCCAGUCGGCUGCAGACUGUGCCCAAGUAAAGACGUGUUGGAGUUGGACGGUUCAUGGCUUUGUUUAAUUCUUUUUUUCAGGAUUUUUUCUGCGAUCCAUUUUUCAGGACAUCUACAACGUCAACAGACAAUGUUAGGCAAGUUGCUCACCUAAUGGACUCGAUGGUUCUGGGAUCUAAGGCGGCCUCCUUCUCGUUUCCUCACAUGGCUGCCUUGCAUUCAUCCGCCGAACCCAGGCUGUUUAAGAAACCUCAACCUCAGAUCCUACGACAAGGCAGCAGUGAAGACAAAAACAAUUCACGUUUAUCGGAAGACGAAGUUUGGCGUAAUUCUCUUCGUCGUACAAGUAAUCCGAAAUCCGUCUACAGCCUUCCAUCCAUUUACAGCAGCAGUCCCGAGCCUUCAAAAUCACCAAUUAGUUCAAAACCCUUCAAUCAAAUGGGUAUAAACAAUCAAGGAAAGAAUAAUAUCAGGAAGAAAGCUUUAAACAACCAGACGGUACAGAAAAAUGGCAAACGUGCUGGCAAAAUGACCAAAGUUGAUCAACGUCCCAAUGAAGAAUUGGUUAAUCAAAUCACAUUGGAACUCGGUUGUGAACGAUGUCUAGUUGAAAUGAUUGAAAGGGACGUCCUUCAACGUAAACCCAACGUGCAAUGGACAUCGAUUGCCGGAUUGAAAGAUGCCAAAUCUCUACUCCAGGAGGUAGUUGUACUACCGAAUAUUGUUCCGGAUUUUUUCAAAGGAAUCCGGCGCCCGUGGAAGGGCGUCUUACUCGUUGGCCCACCUGGAACAGGCAAAACUCUGCUCGCAAAAGCAGUUGCCACAGAAUGCAAAUCUACUUUUUUCAAUGUAACCUCAUCUACAUUGACUUCCAAGUACAGAGGAGAGUCCGAAAAGUUGGUCAGAAUCCUGUUUCACAUGGCAAGAAAACUAGCACCUAGUAUCAUCUUUAUCGACGAAGUAGAUGCUCUGGUUGCAAAAAGGAAUGCAGCUCACGAUCACGAAGCUUCGCGACGCUUUCAAUCUGAAUUACUCAUUCAGAUGGAUGGACUUAUCCAAGAAGAGGAGAAUAACGAACAUAAUAUUUUAGUAUUGGCUGCUUCAAAUCAUCCAUGGUAUGUGGAUGAAGCGUUUCGGAGGCGUUUCGAAAAACGUAUUUACAUUCCGCUUCCUGAUGGAGCAGCUCGCGAGGAAAUGUUGAAGCUUCAUUUGACCGGAAUGAAAUUAGAUUCUCGUCUCAAUUUGAGUAAAAUUGCCAAGAAAUUGGAUGGCUAUUCUGGAGCGGAUAUUUUAUCUGUUUGCCGGGAUGCAGCCAUGAUGAGUCUUCGACGUAAAAUUGCAGGAAAAUCGACUGAACAAAUUCGCCAGUUGACAAAAACUGAUUUGGAUGAACCAAUUACUAGUCAGGACUUUUUUGAUGCCGUUAAACGAUGUAAGACCAGUGUUUCUAAUACCGAUAUGGCGGCAUACGAUAACUGGAUGAAAGAAUUUGGAUCUUUUUAAAUCGAUUGAAUCGUUUUGUCUGGACAUGAUUAGAAAGACGAUGUAUUUAUGUAAAAUCUAGACCGAAUUUUCGCAGUUUGUUAAAGUAUGGCAAUGUCGCAUGAGAAAAAAUAAACAUUGGUUUAAAUUG